CCACACUCGCUCUGUGCUCCCUCUCUCCAAUCUCAAACUUUUCCCCACCCGAAACCCUCGCCCGCGGCCGCACCAUGCCGCCGCCGCGGCCGCCGCCGGUGCUGAUGGAAGAGCUCCUCGAGGAGGUCUUCUUCCGCCUUCCGCCGGACGAGCCCGCCUGGCUCGUCCGCGCCUCCGCCGCCUGCAAGCCAUGGCGCCGCAUCCUCGCCGACCGGGGCUUUCGCCGUCGCUACCGCGAGUUCCACCGGACGCCUCCCGUCCUGGGAUUCUUCGAAAAGGGCGGCGCCCGCCUCGUCCCCAUCUACUCCCACUUCCCUGCCCAGGCCGACCAUCCCGAUUGGCAUGUCAUGGACUGCCGCCACGGCCGCGCCCUCUUCGCCGACAUCGGGAAGUCCUACCUCAUCGUGUUGGACCCCAUGACGGGCCACCAGCGCCGCGUGCCCUCGCCUUCGAACAACCUGAUCGGCUUCACUGCGGCGGUGCUCUGCACCGCACAAGGCUGCGACCACCACGGUUGCCAAGACGGGCAUUUCCUUGUGGCUGUUGUGCGCCCCAAGAAGUUUGAGGAAAUCACAUCGGGCUGGCUGUACUCAUCAGAGACUGACCUCUGGACGGAGUUUGCCUCUGUUAAUCACCCCAAUGCCAAUUAUUUCUCUAACAUGGAUGCGCCUAGCGUCCUUGUGGGCGAUGCACUCUACUUCAACAUCGAUGGCGUCAUCGAAUGCCAGCUUGGUACACUACGCUUGUCAACGUUCGAGAAGCCGAUCGAUGGCAAUGGGACUGUCAUGAUGGCGGAAGAUGGCGGGUUGGGAUACGCUGCCGUGGUUGAUGUCACAGAUCUAACCCUGUGGUCGAGGGAGGCUGGACCCGAGGGAGCCAUGGGAUGGACAAAACUCAGGGUAAUCGAUCUUAAGGCGCUACUCCCUGAUGGUGCCCUCUUUAUCACAACACAAUAUGGGAUCAGUAGGUCGCCGCGUUCAUUGAUGAUUAGUGGCAUCGCGGAGGGCACCCAAGUCAUUUUUGUGAGCACAUGGGUUGGUUCCUAUAUGGCCGAUCUCAAGUCUGGGCGAGCCAGGAUGGUCUCUCGUCCCGGCAGAAAAGUCUUCCCGUACAUGAAUUUCUACCUCCCAGGUCAGGGCGAGCGAGGAAGGUAACCCGUCAUGGCACAGAAUCAUUUCCCUACACGAGCUUCUACAUCCCAGCAAUGGGUGCGGCUUCUCCGGGCCAGGGGCGAUGAGUUUGUUAUUCAAGUGUCUUUCAAGCUCAAGUUGCAGGAGCAAGGGCUUUUGGAUCAAGUGGGAGGUGGUAAUAAUGAUGUUAGUUAUGGCACAAGUGUCGCUUUGAAUCUGUGAGAUUACUGCGUGUCUUUGCAUUGUGUUAGACAUUGUUGCUUUUGUGUUUGCAAUUUGUAAAGAAUUUUUCAGCCCUUUUGUGAUAUUCAGAAAUAUGGCAAUACCAGCAUGACGUGAAGAUGAUUUGAAAUGUUUGACACAUACAUCUACAACACCUUGGUUUAGGAUAAGUUUUUAUCUACAAUGGCAGUGAACUACCAGUGUUGCCAAAGGGAAAACAUUCCUUUUGACAUGCAAGAAGCUGAAGGCUACCUGUAGCCAGGCCAGAUCUUCUUUUCUAAGAACCCAGGCUAGAUCUUGAGUAUCCUUAUUCAGUAUUUGGCAUGCCUCAGUAUUUGUAAACACAAUUCUCCACCCUUCUUCACACCUGUUAGGUCAUAAGGACAGCGGAAACAAUCGAACCGAGCAUCAUACCGCUAACCAACUUCAUAAUGCACAAAACCUGAAUUGACUAUUAAUGCCUUUAUAGUUAAGUGGCUUCACUGAGGGCACCCAAGU